CUCAGCCACAAUAAGAAGUGUAACACAGCAAGACAGGCUUACCGUAUUUGUAUAGAGAUAAAAUAUACAAUUGCGGCUUCAAAAAAAAACAGUAAGACGCAGUUUAAAAUGGUAAUUUUUCAUUCUACUAAAAAUACCAGCUUGAGCUUGUUACAUUGUGGUUGAUUUUGGUAGCUAAUUCAUUAUUUUACGUCAACAUUAUAACAGCCAAUAAGAACAGAAUACAACGAAGGUGUGCGUUCAGCUAUCUCAAAUAUCAAUAUUACCAAAAUUGACUUGUCAAAUAACUUGGAUUGAGUAUUCUCCAAGCGGAAAUCUCAACAAAUUUGAACAUAUUUAUACGAAUUCCAACUUUUAGUUUACCCAGCCACGACUGUACAUGGAACAGAACUUGGGGUUUCAUAUAUAGUUUAUAAGUUAUUUUUACAGAAAAAGGCGUUUAUAUUUGACAAAAGUCUUACUAGACGGACAAAUCCAAAAGGUCGAAAAACUUCAAUGCUUUUAGAAAUUUACCCAAAGUAUUAUACGAAUUUAGUUCUAAAUUAGGCCAAAAUUAUCAGUUUUUUAUAGCAGUUUCUUAAAUCUUUUAUCUUUAUCUUCACUGAAGCUACAGCUAUCUAAAAUAUCCAAAUUUAGUUGAGUUUUCAAAGAUUACAGUAAGUUUAUUUGCCAAAAAGUAAAAUCGAUUGCCUAAAAAGUCAAAGUUUAUUCAAAUUCCCAUAUUCAUCUCAUUCUUGAAUAUCGACAGUCGAAAGUCCAAUUAUUACGCAACUCAAAGACAACUUCUGCUUAUCUCGUGAAAACGGCCCGAAAACCACCGCCCGCCAAACAUAAACCUACAGCAACGACGCAUAUACCAUUUCAUUUCACCACCAAAAUAGCCUUGCUUGGUGUUGUAACAUUUCAGCUGUUAUAUUUGCUUUCGUUAGAAUCAUCGCGCGAUAUAAAAGUCAAAACCAAAUUUCAGAACCACUCGUUUUCAUUUAGUUUCUUUGUAAACUCGAAAAUCAACCUUCUGAAAUAAACAGAAGAUUCUUCAUUUAAAUUUUCAAGAUUGUCUGAUAACAUUUUAUUUUUUACUCUUUUUCCACUAUGGAGUGGACAAACAUCACUUAUAGGAACAGAAUUGUCCAGAAUUUGUCUGGAAAUGUUCGGAGAGGGGAAUUCGUGGCAGUCAUGGGACCCAGCGGAUCUGGAAAGACAUACACGCUGGAUAUUUUGUCCGGACGCAGGACUGCUCUGGUGAAAGGAACAGUGACGAUAGAUGGCAAACCAAUCACAAGACAGAGUGUGAAGAGAAUCUGCUUUGUACAACAAACAGACGCGUUCUUCGAGAACCUGACACUGUUACAGACUCUGAACUUCGCAGCUAAUUUGAGACUGGGAAAGAGCAUCAGCCAACGUCAGAAAGAAGCGCUGGUUCAAAAAGUGCUGCAGUUACUGAACCUUGAGGGAUGCAGUCACAUCCAGUGUGGAGACGGAUAUCAGUACGGAUUAUCAGGCGGAGAGAGGAAGCGUCUCAAUAUUGCCUGUGAAAUACUCUGCAAUCCUGAAAUAAUCCUUCUAGACGAACCCACUUCCGGUCUAGACGCUUCAGCUGCCAAAAAGCUGAUCACAUUCUUGCACGAUUUUGCCGUGAACGAAAGCAAAAUUGUAAUUUGUUCAAUCCAUCAACCUUCGAGUUUCAUUUUCCAAAGUUUCCAUAAAAUUCUGAUCCUUCAUGAGGGAUCCCAGAUGUUUUUCGGAAGUCCAGAAGACAGUAUUAAAUCCCUGGCAGCUCAAGGCUACGUGUGCCCUCCUCAAUACAACCCAGCAGAGUACUUUUUGGAUAUUUUGAGCGAUGAUAAAUUCAAUAUUGUACCGGAUAACAGUAAAAGUAACACUUUACAAAUGCCAAAAUCAGAGAGCUUGGAAAUUUGCGUGGAUGUUACGUCAUCGGAAACUGAGUCAUGCCGUUCCGCAAGCCUGACACACAAAACUUGGAGCAACCGUACCAUUGAAAAAGACCCUCCUCUCCAACUGAGCCCCUUUUCAACUGCUGAAGAAAACCAUAACUCGAACUCAUCUGGUGAAAAGUCAUCGGAAAAAUCCCUGUUUGAACAGUCGCCAAGGGCAUCCUACAUGCAACAGAUAACUACUCUUGGACGGAGGAGUUUUUCACACAGAUGGAAACAAGUGAUCAACCGAUAUUCGGCCAUGGAAUUCGCGGCAGUCACUCUUUUCAUGUGCAUAAUUUGGUUCAAGGUUGGAGAUUCCGAAGAAGACGUCGAACGUCGCAAAGCCCAACUUUACUUCCUCACCCAAUACUGGGCCUUCUACGCCCCAUACAAAGUCAUGUUCUCAUUCCCUUCCGAACGCACUGUAGUGCGACGGGAACGCUCCUCGGGGUGGUACUCUCUGUCCGCUUACUACGUGGGCAAGUGUGUAGUGGAAGUGCCUAUGAUCAGUAUCUACCCUGUAUUGAUGGUGUGUGUUGUGUACUGGGUGUCUGGAAUGGUCAAUGCCAGUAGCUUUGUGAUGACUUUGACUAUUAUUGCCACUACUGUUGUCGAGUUUAACGCAUUAGGUGUGGCUAUAGGGUGUACCACUAUGAACUACCAGCACACCCUCACCAUCUGUGCUGUGGUGCUCCUCAUGAUGCUCAUGUUCGGGGGAUUCUACAGUCGACAACUCCCAUACGUAUUCAGAUGGACGAAGUACCUUUCCCUGUUUAACUUCACGUGGUACGCCCUUCUCAACACACACUUCGCAUCACACACUUACUACCAACCAUGCGUCCAAGAGGUAAACAAUUUGAGUACCAGCAAUAUCACAACGCCAAUCUCAAAAUCAUGCUCAGAAGCGAUAGACCCCGUUUCGAUUCUCAGUGAUGCCGGAGUGGAUUUAAGUACAACUUCUUGCAUAGCUGUGAUGCUGGUUGCAACUUGCGUGUUUUAUGUUUAUGGAUAUUUGGCAUUGAGACAUUUAAACAAACCAAACAAAGAGAAAGGAACUUAAUUUUUGUUAUGUAGUGAAUUUACCUCCUAAUAAUCAUAUCUAUGUUUACCUAUUUACUAAAAGGUAUUUGAAUUAAUUUGUUAUCACA